CUAUCAACAGAUGUCACGCAUCUAGAAAUUUCGGGAAGAUUCUCAUAUUCGCUGGAAAUUUCUCGAAAUUCUAUUUAUCACAUGUGCCAUGUGUGUGUUCCAUCAAUAAUAAUGGUCGAUUCGGGUGAUGAAGAUAUUUACAAAACAACUUUUAAACUGUAUCGAAAUUGGACACCCGAAUCAAAUUUACCAUUGAUUGAUUUUACAGCGAAAAAAAAUUAUGAAAAUUAUUUCGAAAACAUUACCGAAACAUGGUCAAAAUCAUCAUCAUCAUCAAUCGAUACGAAUUUUGAAACAUUUAAACAUUUCAAAUCGAUUGAUCAAUGGAAAAUUUAUAAAUCAAUCAAAGGUUUGAAUGGAUUGUUUAUCAUAACCGGUAUAUUGAAUGAAAAUUUUCGUCAAAAUUGGUUUGAUUAUUUUCAUAAUCAAUUACCAUGUUUACAGAAUGAUUUGAAUCUUAAAUCAAAUAUUCCAUUAUCAUCAUUGGAAACAAUGAAAAAAUUACGUUGGAUAACAUUUGGCUAUCAUCAUGAUUGGAAUACAAAAAUUUAUAAUCUUGAACAGACUACCGUAUGUAUACCGGAACGAAUCAUUGAUCUUUGUCGAAUGAUAUCAAUGUUUAUGAAUUUCGAUUUCAAACCUGAAGCUGGUAUUGUAAAUUAUUACAACCGUAAUUCAUCACUAUGUUUUCAUACUGAUCAUUCAGAAUUGAAUCAUCAAGCACCAUUAAUUAGUUUAAGUCUUGGUCGAUCAGCUAUUUUUCUGAUUGGUGGCCCAAAUAAACAAUCAACCAAACCAAUCAUACCAAUAUUAUUAAAUGAUUCGGAUUUAAUAAUAAUGUCCGAUAAAAGUCGUUUAGCAUUACAUUCGGUGCCGAAAAUAUUACCGGAAUCAUCAACUGUUAACGAUCAUCAAUCAAUACAUCGUAUCAAUGUUAAUAUUCGACAAGUUUUUUGAAUAAAACAGCAACAGCGAAUAAAUAACUUUUGAU